ACUUUGUGGCGCCUCGCUGACUUCAAGUCUCAACAUGAUGUGAAACCAUCUAGGAGUAAUCUGGGUUGGACGCAGCGUGGUGGAAUUACAGAAGCCCUCAUGAAGUCUUUUCUUAAGAUUCAUUCUUUCUGGAAAUGGCAAGUCGUGUCAUAUUGAUGGAGCGGACGGCGGUUUUGUUGUGCAGUGUAUUGAUCCUAAUCAUCGGUUUAUGUGUCGGGUCUCCUAACCACAGCCGUCGGCUGGUCUGCUGGAAAGCCAUCCUGAAGUGUCACGGGGAGCCGGAGUGCCAUUACGCGUACGAUCAGUACCUUUAUGCCUGCGCAUCUGUCAUCAAUGGGGACCGCAAGAAGUGCCCAAGUCACUGCAUAUCCUCUCUCAUUCAGCUCAACCUAACCCAAAGCGGCCCGGCUCUGGAGGACUGCGACUGCGCUCUGGACUCAGUCUGCAAGAGCACCAAACAAGCCAUCGAGCCGUGCCUGCCGCGUACCCACACCAUGGGCUGCACCGAGGCCCGACGACAGUGUGAGAUGGACCUGUCCUGUAGCUCAGCUAUGAGGGAUUAUUUAUUCCACUGCAGAAAACUUUUCGGCGGGCAAAGGUGCUCGGACGAGUGCCGCAGGGUGAUAGCCAACAUGAGCUCCGUGCCGAAAGCGCAACUGCUGGACACUUGUGUGUGCGAUGGCACGGAGAGGAACAUAUGCGAGUACAUAAAAGUCAGCAUGAAAACUUUAUGCUCUGAUUCUAACGAGAGGUUAGCAGGAAGCGGCUUUUCAGACUCUGAGGAGGAUCUUGAGGAUGAUUACAUCGAACAGGAGGAUUAUCAAUACGUGGAAAACUCGAGUGACGCCAAACCUGGUCAGACUGUGUUUAAUGUCCUGACCACCAUUUUGGUUUUAACCAAAUUAAUCUGAGAAGCUGAAGAAAGUCAGUGUUGUCUCUCAUUGUGAAUUAACAGGAGAAAUCAGCUCACAUCAUUAGAACCAGUCUGCCUUGUUGUAACCAGCCAUGUUUGACAUUAAACUAACAAUUAAAUUCAACUGAAGUUUCUGCAACACAUUCAUAUGUUUGAGGACAUUUACUGUUCGUAAAUCGCUUUCAAAAAUGGUCUGAUAAAGCUGAAGGAGCCUAUUUUUGUAUGUCCAUAUAAAGAUAAAUUGUACAGUAUAUUGUAUAAACAUGUUUUGUCAGAAUAUUUGUCUGCGAAUGACAAGAGAUUUGCACUGUAUGAAUAGGUGGGUCACACUCUUUUAGAGCACUACGACCACAGAGGAAGGACACAUGUUUUGUCAAGAAGUGCCUGAAUGUCUUUAUACUUCAUAUUAUUCAACAUUAUGUGACCAUAUUAGAGGCAUGCAGUCCAAGCGCAGCAGUUUUCUUUUACCAGCAGAUUUUUUUUUUCACAACCCCAUCAUUAAAAACCAAUGUUGAUGUUAGCCACUGAAUUGUGUCAAAAUCCCAGGGCAGAGCUGAAACAAGAAGCUCUUCAGAGCGACACACUUGGCAUUAUAAACAUAGAUGUUUGCACAAAGUAUAAAAUGUUCAUUCUCGAAAACAGUUCAAACAGAAGAGAGAAAGUUAAACUCCUCCUCUUGGGGAUUUGCCGCACAAUUGGAGCCAAGAGGCGUUUGGUCGGUUUGUUUAUCCUCACCCCUUGUGUUUGUCAGAGGUCUUCACCAAGACACGCUGAGAAAAAAAACAAGAUGUCUGUGUUUGGGUGAGUGAAGAAGUGUCCAUUGUGAACACACUCCUCUCAAUGUACAUGCACAUUAAAUAAAUAAGGAUUUUAAAAGGA